AUGCAGCAGGGGGUUGGCCAGCGCCGCCGCGUUGAGCUGCGCGCGGCUUUUGGGCGACAGCGGGGCACGGAGGAGGCUGCCCCCCUUGCCGCCGCCGGAAGCAGCUCCUCCUCCGCCAGCGAUUCCACCGCCGCCUGGGCGGAGACUCGUGGUGUUGGAGGUUGGCAGCGCGGACUUGCGGUUGCUGGGGUUGGUCAGCGUGAUCGUGUUGGCCACACCCGAUCGCCGCAGCGUGCGAAACUUGUCUUUGAGUUGGACGUUGGACCGGUCGUUGAACUGCACGCCCAGGUCCUUGUCCACGAGGAUCAAACUCCACACGUUGCGCUGCCCGUUGUACUUUUUGACGCCGUCAAUCAACGCGCGUUCUUCCAUCGUCGUGAACGGGCGGUACUUGCGGUGGUUCUUGCGGUUUUCCGUGUAACUCGACAGUUCGGGCCGGGUCUUGAUCAACGUGCGCCACUUGUCCUUGAGGUCCACGCCAGAUCGGCCGUGGAACAGCGGACCCAAGUGCGGGUCCCGAAGGAUGCUGCUCCACGGACAACUGUCGUCGGCGUAACGCUGGACGCCAAGCACCAAUGCCGUCACUUCGUGGGGACAGUACUUUCUCCGCUUGCCCUUGAUGCGGUCGCCAACGUUCUCGCACGCAAAGUCGGGGGAGUUUCGCGGAUACGGGAAGUUGGCGCUGGCCGCCGCGGCACUCAGCUGUUGCGCCACAACGCUUGCUCCCAAGCUCUGGGUGUGCUGCAGUUGCUGAAGCUGUUGCUGCUGGGCCAGUUGCACAUGGUACAGCUGGGCUGCGGCAUUGACGGCGUGGAGUUGUUCGUGUUUUGA